AUGACAGCCAUGAAGCUCACCAUCACUGCCGCGGUUGGCCUGCUCUCGGCCUUGGCUCACGCAAAGCCAACAGUCGACGAGACCUAUCCGUACACUGGCCCGAAGACGCCAAUUGGCGACUGGGUGAAUCCUACCGUCAAGGGCAACGGCAAGGGCUACAUGCGCCUUGUCGAGCCGCCUGCCGUGAAGCCCGCCUCCUCGGACCCGACCAACAACAUCAACGUCAUCUCUCUGUCCUACGCCGGCAGCACGGGCGUCAACAUCCACUACCAGACGCCUUUCGGUCUCGGCAGCGCGCCCUCUGUCCGCUGGGGCACCAGCCGCGACGCUCUGGAAAAGACCGCCAACGGCGCAAGCCACUCCUACGACCGCACGCCGCCGUGCUCCGAGGUCGCCGUGACGCAGUGCAGCCAGCACUACCACGACGUGCAGAUCAAGGACCUCGCACCCGGCACGACCUACUACUACCAAAUCACCGCCGCCAACGGCACUACCGCCUCGGAUGUGCUGCACUUCGCGACGGCGCGCCCCGCCGGCAGCCGGCAGAGCUUCACCGUCGGCGUCCUCAACGACAUGGGCUACACCAACGCCGGCGGCACCUACAAGCAGCUGAACAAGGCCAUUGACGAGGGGCUGGCGUUUGCCUGGCACGGCGGCGACAUCAGCUACGCCGACGACUGGUACAGCGGCAUCGUGCCUUGCGAGAGCAGCUGGCCCGUCUGCUACAACGGGUCCAGCAGCCAGCUGCCCGGCGGCCUCACGCCCGACUACGACAAGCCGCUGCCGGCGGGCGAGAUUCCCACGCAGGGCACGCCCAACGGCGGUGACAUCUCGGUACUGUACGAGUCCAACUGGGACCUCUGGCAGCAGUGGAUGACGCCCAUCACGUCCAGGGUGCCGUACAUGGUCCUGCCCGGAAACCACGAGGCCGCGUGCGCCGAGUUUGACGGCCCGGAUCAGAUCCUCGCCGCGUACCUCAACCACAACCGACCAAACAGCACCGCGCCCAAGUCUGACAAGCUCACCUACUACAGCUGCCCUCCUUCCCAACGAAACUACACGGCGUAUCAGCACCGCUUCCGCAUGCCGGGUGGCGAGUCUGGCGGCGUGAGCAACUUUUGGUACUCGUUUGACUAUGGCCUCGCGCACUUCAUCUCAUUCAACGGCGAGACGGACUACCCCAACAGUCCAGAGGCGUCGUUUGCGCGCGACGUCAAGGGCGGCGAAAAGGCGCCCAAGGCGAAUGAGACGUACAUUACCGAUAGCGGCCCGUUUGGCGCCGUCCGCGGAGACAUUGCGCAGAAGGAGUCGUACGAGCAGUACAAGUGGCUGCAGGACGACCUGGCCAAGGUCAACCGGACCAAGACGCCAUGGGUCAUUGCCAUGAGCCACCGUCCCAUGUACAGCUCGCAGGUCUCCGCCUACCAGGCCAACAUGCGCAGCGCUUUCGAGGACCUCUUCCUCCAGUACGGCGUGGACGCAUACCUCUCUGGCCACAUCCACUGGUACGAGCGCACCUUUCCUCUCGGCCGCAACGGCACGAUUGACAAGUCUGCCAUUGUCAACAACAACACCUUUUACGCCAACGAGGGUGUCUCGAUGACGCACAUCAUCAACGGCAUGGCUGGCAACAUUGAAAGCCACGCCGAGCUGGCCAAGGCCAAGAAGCCUCUCGACAUUACCUGCAUCUUUGACCAGACCCACUACGGCUUCAGCAAGCUGACCGUUGUCAACGAGACGCUCUUGACCUGGAACUUUGUCAAGGGCGGCGACGGCUCCUCUGGUGAUGACCUGACGCUGAUUCGCAAGGCUGCAAGCCACUCAGCAACGUCCUCUUCCGCCGCGUCUGCUUCGACCCCCCGUGUGACCGUCGUCACAGAGACUGUCAACUCGUACACGACAUACUGCCCCGGCCCAACAACCAUCAGCGAGGGCACGCAUACCUAUGUUGUUUCCAAGGCUACCACGUUGACUGUCACCGACUGCCCCUGCACGCGCACCUACACCAGCACUAUCGCCGGAGGCAACGGAACUGCUACCGCCAAGACCUCCGUGUCGUCGCAGUCGGCCUCCCGCGCGGCUCCGUCGAGCAGCGCUCACACCACUGCGCCCGUCACCGGCAGCGCCAGCGCUGCCCACCAGCCAAGUGCACUCUGGUGCGUUGGCAUUUUAACGUUUGCUGCGUUUCUGUUCUAG